AUGAUUGAUCUUGUGGCAUAUCGCCUUGUGCUUCCACCCAAACUAUCCAACGUCCACAAUGUGUUUCACGUUUCGAUGCUUCGUCAAUAUCUUCGGGAUCCAGAGCAUGUUGUCGAUUAUGAGAACAUGGAGGUUCAAGAAGACCUCUCUUAUGAAGAACAACCUGUACAGAUUCUCAAUCGUCGUAAUCAAGUCUUACGAAACAAGACUAUACCUCUUAUAAAAGUCUUAUGGAGAAAUCAUCGUAUCGAAGAAGGAACGUGGGAAACUGAAAGUCAAAUGCGAGCUAAAUACCCACACCUCUUCGAAAAGCAAGGUGACGAGAUUUAG